AUGGUGAACCCGCAGCACAAGCGGUAUGAAGUGCUGCUGGGGAUGGAGGGUGUAGCAGAUAUUAUUGUUACCUCUGAGAAGAUAGGCGAUGAUACGGUCAUUGCUGUUCUCUCUAAGGAUGUUAAACUCAACAAGCAACUCACCCUUGCACAACAACAGCAGCAAACACAAGCCGCACAGGAAGACGUGAAGAUGGAGUGUUCGUUUGCCAGUUUCGACUUGGCGGUGAAGCUGCAAGAGAUUGGGGUGUCGCUGAUAUGCGACAAUUUGGCAGAGGAGUUGUGUUACGCUAGUUUGUUUCAGGUUGCUGUGGGGUUGCAGCAGAGGGGAGACAGAGAAAAAAUUGUUGUGAGAAUUGAAAAAGUACAAGUAGAUAACCAAAUGGAAAACGGAAAUAAACCCGUUGUCUUCGCCAACAGAGGAGGCAAAGAUCUCCCCACCCACGAGCCAAAGAGCUGGGUGGGGGCCCCUGGGGCCCCCGGCGCCCCCCCUCGUAGUAGCCCCCCAUUUCUUACGGUGUUUUUAGUCCGCCUGAACUCGGGGAGCCGCGACGUGGUGUUGAAGAGGGCGUUGGUGGAGAUGGACGACUUGGAGAUCGACAUCGAUGCUGAUAUGCUCAACGGCCUCAAUGAAUUUGUGUGGUCGUGUCUAAUAGCCUUCCGUUUGGCUGACGCGGCCUCUCGUCGGGCGGUGUCCCUGGAGGAGUUUGGGGUUUGGGUGAAUGAACCAGUUGCUUUGCAUUAUAUGCCGCCUCCUCUUCCUACUAUUUUGUCUCUAGAGUCUCUUGUUAUAUCUCGCUUCCGCGUCUACUGCUGGUGCUCCUUUGUCUUAGAUAAGAUGCAUAUGAUAUCAGACCUCCUUAAACUCGGACUCAGGAUACUUAUGGCUUCAGGGAGACUUGAACUCACCGUGCGUCAGUCUUCUUUGCUAAAUCUGCCUCGUAUGCCCUAUGAGUUCGGCCGUAAUACAAUUGGUUUGGCUGCGAAUGCAGUAGACAGCGUCUCCACAGGUGAGGGGGUAUGGGCCCUCUCUAGUAUAGUAACGAAGCCAAUAGAAGGGGCGCAGAAGGAGGGUGUAGGCGGCUUCCUUAAGGGAAUAGGAAAGGGGCUUAUGGGGUCUCUUGUUAAACCUCUUGAUAGAGUAGGACAAGCUGUAUCCGAUGUCACCCGCGGCAUUCAUGCUGAAGUUACUAAGCCCAUCGGUGCACUCAAACGCAUCAGCACGCGCCAUAGGCAACCGCGCAUGAUAGGCGAACAAGGAGAAGUCCGGCCUUAUGACGAGACAGAGGCGCAGCUGCGGCAGAGUUUGGGACUUGCAGUGCUGCGGCCGAUGCAGAAGUGUAUGACGGUCCUUCGACAGGAGACACCGGAGCCGUGUCAGUUAGCUGUUUUGUUUUAUCCCCAGGACAUAUUCCUGGUCAGCAUCAAAGGAGGAGACACGCAGAAGGAGCUUACGCUGCAGGGGUCUCAGACGCAGCAGCGCGCAAGAGGCAGCAGCAGCAGUGUACAGAUAUUGUGGCAUGUCAGCGUUGCAGCAAUCCGAGAAGUAAAGACCGACAGCAGAGGGGUCACGCUGACGGUUAGCCCGCAGGAGAUGCAGCUCAACGACCCUGCUCUAGGGCGGGCCUCGUCUCUACGGAGACUCGCAAGAGACCCAGGAGGAAGAUACAGCUCACAGCCUACAACUGCAGCAGCGGCAACAACAACGGGUACCACCCAUCCGCAGACGUACCUUAUCCCCUGCCAAGAUGCAGUGCGAGCCAAUGAGGUGUACAGGGAGCUCCUUGAAACCCAAAGAGGUUGCGCUACAGUUGUACACCUGGGUAUUAACAGACGCCUCUCUGAGGCUGACACAUAA